UCUAGAUUGCAUUGACGCCAUAAACAACUGGAUGGCUGAAAGCUUUUUGCAGCUGAAUCCAGACAAGACUGAGGUUUUAAUCAUAGCACCAGACAGUGCUAUUCCUCUGAUCAGGCAGAACAUUGGGUCUCUGUCAUCGGCGGUCCGGCCCAGUCUAAGGAACCUUGGGGUGAUAUUUGACAAAUCCCUAUCUUUUGACACUACCAUCAAAUCAUCAAGUCUUCUGUCUGGUUCCACUUCCUCUUCUUGCUUCUCGUAACCUUUUCCCCUCGACCAAACGCACACACAGCAACCUAACAGUCAUACCCUGUUGUUUCACUUCUCUGUCUGGAACAAGACUUAAAGUUUUAAAUAAAUCAUGCAAGUGUCCCCACAGUAUGUCCCUAUAGGUCCCAAAAAGUGCCCCCUUUGUUGUUUGAUUUACCCUACGGUUGGGAAAUAGUCCAGAGUCCUCCAUUAUGAAAGCAGGUCAAACAACCAGCUGUCUCACAGAUAAAAGCAGGUCAGACAUCCUGAGGCUGGGGCAACCAGGACAAGAAGCGGACAGAGCCACAAGAUGGGGACACUCUUAUUUGUGAUGGUGAUGUUUGCAACUUGUUGUGCAGCACCCCAAGAUCUGUCAGGCAAAGUGUUUGUCUUCCCAAAAGAGAGCAACACAGAUCGUGUGAGACUCCUGACUUCUCAAACCAAAUUCAGCUCUGUGACCACCUGUCUCAGAUUCAAAACAGAUCUCACCAGGAACUACGGGCUCUUCUCUUUGUCCACCUCUGCUCAGAGCAAUGACUUUGUGCUCUUUAAGAUUAAUUCAGAGGACGUCAUUAGGAUGCAUGCUCGGGGCGAAGCCACAGACUUCCUGUCACUGUCAUUUGCUCCAAACACCUGGCACUCUAUGUGUGCCACCUGGCGCUCCGACAAUGGGUUGGCUCAGCUGUGGGUGGACGGCAAGGCGACCAUCAAGAGAUACAUCAAAGCUGGGCCCAUAACCGGAGCACCAAUCAUCACCCUGGGCCAAAAGCAGAGUACCCAUGGAGGGGGUUUUGAUGCGAAACAAUCAUUCAUUGGUAUGAUUACUAAAGUCCACCUUUGGGACUAUGUCAUCCCCACCGCAGAGAUUAAACGCUAUAUGGAUGACAAACACUUCAUUUCAGGCAAUGUGUUCAAUUGGGGUGCCCUGCAGUAUGAAAUCACAGGGCAGGUUUUGGUGGAUGAGGAGUCUGAAGUUAUGUAACAGGGCGUUUAACAGUGUUAUGUUCCUGAGAAAUGAUUAAAAUCGACACUUAAAAGAU